AUGGUUAAGCGCAGCAAGGAGUAGUUCUUUAAGAAGAAGAUGAAUACAAAAUUUAAAGCUUCCUAAAAGGGCUCAAAGAGUGGAGCCUCUACCAAUCCAGAUAGAAAAUUGCCUGAAAAAUAAUUGAAUGCUAAGCACUAGUUCUUCAGAUCCAAAUAAACUAUUUAGAGAUUAAAUCUGUACAACGAGAAACCCAAUAAAGAGGAAAUGUGGAAACAGGCAACUCAACCUGCAAGAAUUGAUCCCAAUAGGAAAUGGUUUGGAAAUAUCAGGACCAUUGAUCAAUAAUAGCUUGAUAAAUUAAGAUAAGAAAUGGCUAAUAGAACUCAUGACCCUAGAAGUGUUCUGAUCAAAGCCAAACAAUUGCCAUUGUCAUUAUUAGUGGAGGCUUAGAAAAAGAACAAGAACGUGCCCCUUUUGGAAUUGGAGAGUUAUGAAGAUACUUAUGGACCCAAAUCCAAAAGAAAGAGAAUUAAGUUAAAUGUGGAAACAAUGGAAGGGUUAGCAGAUCAUGCUGAGUAAAAAGAGUAGACAUAUGCAGUUGAGAAGGAUUAGAAAUUGAAUCCUGUAGAGGUAGUGCAGCAGGAAAGUAGAGAUAAACGACUGAUGGCUGGUUAGUCAAAGAGAAUUUGGGAAGAACUGUAUAAGGUGAUUGAUUCAUCCGAUGUGUUGGUUUGUAUCCUGGAUGCAAGAGAUCCUAUGGGCACAAGAUCAUAUCAUUUAGAGAACCACAUCAAGAAGAAUUGUCCACAUAAGCAUUUGGUGUUGCUAAUCAACAAAUGUGACUUGAUACCUACAUGGUUGACAUCUAGAUGGGUUCAAUAUCUAUCAAAGGACUAUCCAACUGUUGCCUAUCACGCUAAUGUGAAUAAGGCUUUUGGUAAGGGUCCAUUCAUAAAUCUGUUGAGAUAGUUUGACAAAUUCCAUAGAGAUAAAUAAACUAUCUCAAUUGGAUUUGUGGGAUAUCCAAAUGUCGGAAAGAGUUCUGUGAUUAACUCAUUGAAAAAAAGAAAGGUUUGCAAGGCUGCUCCAGUUCCAGGAGAAACAAGAGUAUGGCAGUAUGUUGCAUUGACAAAAAGAAUUUACUUAAUUGAUUGUCCAGGAGUUGUGUAUCAACAUGAGGGAAAGGAUGACGUUGAAGUUGUAUUGAAAGGUUGUGUGAGAGCUGAGAAGUUGGAAGAUCCUGAAUUUUACAUUCCAGCAUUGUUAUAAAAGGCAAGGGCUUCAGACUUAAAGAGGAUUUACGAUGUUGAUGAUUGGGUAGAUGAACACGAUUUUUUGAAGAAGGUGGCCGUAAAGAAAGGAAAGUUAGCAAAGGGUGGCGAGGCUGAUACGAAGUCUACAGCUAAAUUGAUUUUGAUGGAUUGGCAAAGAGGUGAAAUCCCUUUCUUGACCUACCCUCCUGAUUAUGUGUAAAAGGAAGCUGUUGAAGAAAAUGUAGAUAUGGAAGUUUUGGAAUAAUAAUAAAUAGAGUUGAAUGACUAGAAGUUAUAAGAAAUACUGAAGCAAAAUUGAAUUGUGUAGUUGUUUAUUAGUUCUAAAUAUUUGUUUUAAAUUGUUUAGUUUA